GUGCACCGAGACAUCAAGCUGAUAAGAAAACACAGAUUUCAAUACUGUCCCGGAUUAGACCCUGGAUUGAGCAAGCACUGAGAAGAUUGUGACUGCUUUGCUGCACGUCUCGUGUGCUUCCAUGAACUGCAAUGUCACGUUCCCAGAGAAGUGCAAAUAGUGACCGGAUUCCACCAUCCCAGAGAUCGUACAAUGAUAGACCAAGGAGAGAACGGCCCAGCCACAAUGGAUUAACAAAUGGAAACAAUGCUGGACACCAGGUUGACAGAGAGAGGAGAGACAGAAGAUCACAUGAAAGGUUAUCAUCACAGGCACCAGUACGAAGCCAGCAUUCCAGAGCACCAACAGUUGUUUCAGACCAUCAUUCAAGACAAAGUAGACCAUCCCUUUCACAGUACAAUCCUCCCACUCACAGAAGCCAUACAGAGAAAAGGACCUUCUCAGAGAAGUGCUCCAAUCUAUGUUCACGAAGAGGCAUCCUGCAAUUUGUGGAAAUAACAACUGGUAUCUUAGUGCUGAUCUGUGUUAUUACAUCAUAUGCUGUUCUCUCUGGCUACACAUCUGCUGCUGGUUUUGGCUCUUUCAGCAUUGAUUCAAUGUACACCCCAUUUGAAGGCACAGAGCUGCAGAAAGUAAGGGAUGCAGACCUGCAGUACAGUCAACUGCGAGCACCAGGAGUAUAUGUUGGAGUGGCCUUCAGCUUGGUUAUAUGCGGACUUACAAUCGUCUUCUUGAUUCUGGGCGCUAAGCCCAUACAUAGGGUGUCCAUCAAGCUGCUUUUUGCAGAGCUAAUUUUUGAUUCCAUUGCUUGUUUGGGUUAUGUUGUCGCAGUUGGUCUGUACCUGCACUUUAUCAAACAGGUGAACGCUACUGACAUCUGCAAGACUAGAGAGCGACUAUAUGCCGGCCGUGGCUAUACCUGGAUGAACUGUGAGGUGCAAGGGGGUGAUGCUGCUGUUGCCAUAUUUGGUCUAAUUGCUUGUGGUUUGUAUUUGCCAAGCUCCAUAUUGUGUGGGUUAUACAUCAGAACUGUCCGCGACUUCAGGAAAAAUCACAUGUCUCAUGAAUAUGCACCAUCGGCCUAUAGUGACAACCAACACAAACCGGAUGAAUACAGAAGAGGGAACCAAGAAGAGACUCCAUUUCAACCAAGUACACUGGUAUAAGUGCUUCCAAGAGACAAUUUUUAUAUGUUCUGCAGCUUAACAGUCCUUAAAUGUGGUG